UACCAUGCGCCGGCAGUCUGUGAGCGGCUUUUGGCGAGUGCAGCUGUGUUUUGGUUUUCAUUUGGCGUAGUUGGCAUUCUAAAUUGUGUCAUAGUUGUUAGGAAUUAAAUAUUUAAAUUAAAUAGCAAAUAUGCCAAAGGGCGUAGAAAAAGUAAAAGUGAACGUGAAGGAACGGGUCGAAGAUGAAAACUGUGAUCUAAGCCUCUCCGAGCUGACGGAAAUACCAGUGCGUGAAAUUGCUUCGUUCAAGCGGGUUAUCUUCCUGGAUCUCUCCAGCAACCGGUUGGCCACACUCGGCCGCAACUUCACCACGCUCACGCGGCUAAUCAAGCUGGAUCUGAGCAAGAAUCAAAUUCGUUUUCUGCCCGAAGACUUUGGCCAACUGGAGCAUCUGCGUCACUUGGACUUGUACGACAAUUGCUUGGAGCAUUUACCUUUGAGCUUUGGUCGAUUGCGUUGCCUGCGCUAUUUAGACUUGAAGGGCAAUCCCUUGACGCCCGCCUGGCAGAAAAUUGUGGGCUGCUGUUCAACGUUGAAGGACUGCCAACAGGCGGCCAAGAAUACUGUGAACGUUUGUGCAAACUACAAGUACGAAAUCAUUGAACGUGAACGUUUAGCCGCCCAAAUGCGCCAAGGGAGUUCUUCACAAAUAGCUGGCUCCGGCGAUGGGGACGCCAGCUCGACGUCCAACCAGAGCACAAAGACCAAUGGCGGCGAGAUAUCCAAAAAGACAGGGAAAUCCAAUAAAAAGUCAAAGUCAAAGAAAGCGGGAGCCGCAUCUGAAAACGAGCUCACAAUCAAACCAGUUAAUGCCGGUCCCAUCAAAUCUACAAUCAAUCAAAAGAACAAUCAAAAGAAAAAGUCGACAAAUAGCAGUAACAGGAGAGGUUGGCUCAGAACCCUAUCGGGCGUUGCCUUCUCAUCGUUGAUGACGUUUCUUUUGCUCUUCAUGAUCAAUGUGCUCAUCAUUUAUAUGAUUAUGUUCAAGAAUCCAGACAUUGCGGAUAAACUGGUGGAGUAUAUUCCGCAUCAAUAUCGCGACUGGAUACUGACCAAAACGGAAAUCUUUCGAUUGCGCGUCACCGACUGGAUCUCAGAGUUUCGCACUCCGCCAGAAGAGCACUGACGAUUCAUUUAUUUGAAGCCUUAAAGCGCGGGGUUUCAAAUAGGUUAACAGUCAAUGAAAAUCGGAUGCAUAGCGCGUGUGUGGGAAAGAUUGAGAAUUUUGAUCGAGCGAAGAGACCAAUGCAACAAAAUUGAAAGACCCCAAUGUACUGCCAUAUAUAUGUAUAUUUAAGUAUUUACGUCCAUUGGCAAGAAAUUUUUACCUCACAUACAGACACAGACACACACACACAUAGAGCAUCAGAACCAUAUAAUACAUAUGUAAUGCAAACUACUCUCAAUCAAUAUCACUCCAAACUAACAUUUACAAUAGAUCAAA